UAAUUCGGGAAUGUCUCUAACGUUCUCUCUUUUUUUAGAAAUAACUGAACUGGACUUAAAAAUUGUCUUUUUUAUUUUUGUUAAUCUUAGUGUGGUUAUUUCAUUUGGCUCUCCUUUGUUUUUCUUAACUCUUGGUAAGUUGGCUUCGUUUGGGAUGUACAGUUCGCGAAAAAAGUAAUCGGAAUUACAAAAGGAGCAAAAAAUAAAAAACCAGUGAUUAGAAUUUUUU